GUGUGUCAGAAAGAAAGUCAGCGGACGACGUUGAAUUGAAUUUUCUAGUGUUUGGUUAUUGUACAUUGGUUUCAGAAUUUUUUCAAGAAUUUGCAUUGUGUAGCUAUUCGGGAACUUCGACUGCUUGUGAAUCUAGCUUGAUGCCCCAGAUUGUUAUCAGACAAACUCUAGUGGAUUAUCUAUUUUUAUUUCGCCUACCGUAGAGGUUCGGGUACAAGAAAUUUGCUUUCAAGCAAUGGCGUCAAAAAUGCAAUUACGUGUGAAGCACAAAGGCGGCCAAUCUGUUAUUUCAACCCUGACAUUAACCAGCAGAGUUGAUCAGUUACUAGAUGAACUAUCAAAAUCCACUCAGAUUCCUGUACACUUGGUUAAAAUCUUGCGAGGUUUCCCACCAAUUGCUCUGGACAUCUCUGACAAAAGUGUCUCUCUUGGUGACUGUGGUCUUCAAGAAAGAGAUACCCUCCUUGUAGAAGAGCUGCCAGUGGUGCAGUCAUCAGAGUGCUUGCCUUCGGCACACAGUGAAGGCGGUGCUGAGUUACUAAAAGAUGCACCAACAGGCAUACUAAUGAGGAAAGUUGUACCAUCUGACAAUUCAUGCCUCUUUACAAGCAUUGGUUUUUGCCUUUCAGGCAAACCUGAUCCCACAUCAAGCUCUUUUAUGAGAGAAUUAGUUGCAUCAACAGUAGUUAGUCAAACAGAACAAUACAAUGAGGCACUGCUUGGAAAGCCAAACAAAGAAUAUAAAAAGUGGAUUCUUCAGGAUGAUUCCUGGAGAGGGGCAAUUGAACUAGCCAUUCUAUCAUCCUAUUUUGGACUGGAGAUUGAUGUUGUUAAUACUCAGCACUCACUCAUCAACAAGUUUGGAGAAGAUCAAAAUUACGGGCAGAGAAUACUGUUGAUCUACGAUGGAAUUCACUACGAUCCCCUCUACUUGGAACCAUUCGACGGUAGCUCAAACAAAACCCUCUUCCCUACUACAGAUACUUCGGUGCUUCAGCAGGCCGAAGAGUUGGCGGCAGAAGCGAGAGCUAGCCACCAGUUUACAGACGUAAACCACUUCACUCUCAAAUGUAUGGUGUGCCAUUGCUUUUUAACAGGCCAGACACAAGCCCAGCAGCAUGCAAAGGAGACUGGUCAUACUAACUUUGGAGAGGUUACAUCGUCGAGUUAACCAAAAUUGUUAACGAUAUCGGUUUGCUAGAGUAAAUGUGUGUUAAUUAUCGAAAUUCACGAAAGAUUCUCUCGAAAUUU